CUUUUUUUGUUUCCUUCCCCGAGGGGAUCAGAUUUACUCCGGGAAGGAUUCAAUAGACUCCAUUUCCAGAGAAUCACUCCGCGUCAGACCCAUAGGUCAGACCCCACAGGGACAAGCCUCCUGCUGCACUGGAAUAACAUCCGAUCCUAAUUACCGUGGUCUGGUUUGUAUCUAGUGAGAUCAAGAAGACUAACUGAGGUGGUUUAUGUGAAGGCAUGGAGCGCACCAGAGCAGCGCGUAAAAGCGAGUGGCUUCGGAGCGCUUUGGCCCACCACCACUGCCCGGAUCCCGGCGUGGAGAACGAAAUCGUGGUCCUCGCUUCUGGAAUAGACCAAUACCUGCAGGAGGUCUUCCACCACCUGGCCGUACCCAACCGAGAGGACACGGUGUCGGCGGAGGACUUCAGCGCGCUGUGUGUCGUGCUGGGGAUCCCUGGAAAGAGGAAGAUCAGUGGAGAAAAAGACGAGGAAAAUGAAGAGUUUGCAGAAGUUUGUUCGGUGCUUCCCAGCCAGCUGUCCUUUAAAGACUUCCACUCGAGGCUCUGUGGAUAUUUCCGUGUGCGCAGUGCAAGGAGAGGGGACUGCGCGUGGCGGCUGCCGGUUACCGAGGAUACGGAGCUCGUGCAGCGGCAGAUCAGGGUCCGGUGGCCGAGGGUGAGGAGGAGGAAAUGUGUGAGUUUUGAUCUGGAGAGGGAUCACAACAGAGCCGAGAACAGGGGGAUGAGAGGAAGAGGAGCAGAGGACAGGAGCGAGUCAGAUGAGGUAGCAGCUCUGAGGGAGCUGGUGGAGGACCUCCGCUCGGCGCUGCAGGGGAGCGACGCUCGCUGCCUGGCCCUGGAAGUCGCCCUCCGUCGGGAGAGGACCCUCCCCCUCACCUCUCCUCCCAUCUCCACCUCCACAGCUUCAUCUCCAACCACCUCCAUUACCCUGGUGCAGGGAAAGCUGGUACCAACACAGAGGAUCAAAGGACAGUGCAGUGGUUCUGGGGGAGACGCAGCGAGGAAGGGGGCACGAAGACAGGAAAUCAGGGACCCUCUUAUACGUGAGCUGAAGCUGAUUCGCUCGUCACGUGACGGACAGCUGGAGGAGGCCAUGAAGUUCAAUGAGCGCAUGGAGGAGGAGCUGAGAUGGGCGUACCAGGAAGUGCAGAAGCUUCACGGAGUGGAGUCUGCUCUGAGGAAGGAGAACGCUCAGAUCAGGAGGAGGGCAGAAGAGGCCAGGGAGGCUCUGAGUCAGGGGCUCCAGAGGGUCCGGAUGAUCCAGCAGGUGGCUCAGUGUGUGCCGCAGCUUCAGACCACCAUCACACAGCUGGAGACAGAGCUACAGCAGUACAGAUCCCGCUGCACCUGCAUCCCUAAUCCAAAUCAACACAUGUACCCAAUUGGUGAAGAUGACGCCUGUGACAAGACAGAGGCGGGGUGUCUGCAGAGAGCAGUGGAAGGGAAAGAUGCCUCUGAUGAAGAGGAGGAUGACAGAGGGAUGAGAGAGGAAGGACAGGGCUGCCUGUUGGAGGUGAAGAAGAGCCGACUGCACAGCUGUGGAAAAGGAUGUCAGAGCCAUAUGGGUUCUCAGAGUCACCUGCAUGAUAGAAACUUCAUCAGCACUUUUAAGGACAGCAGGGGGCGCUACAACCAGAAAGGACAAAACCAAGAGCAGCCAGAGGGAGGCAGCUUUGAAAAAGAAAAGAGGCCUAAAGAAGAAGAGGACAAGACGAGGCCGGAGGAGAAGACACGUCUGUCUCUGCUGGAGGAGAAACUCACUGAUGCUCUUACACUGCUGCUGCAGCUACGCAACAAGAACGUGUCCCGCAGGACCCUGGGGAAGAUAGUGAUGGAUACUCUGGAUGUGUGCAGGACUGGAGAUGGUCCCUGUCAGGUUCUGCAGGUCGCUGACGCUCUCUGUCUCCGGCUGUCCUCCAGGGAUCUGCUGGGAAUCGGAGGGGAUGAUGAAGGAGGAGAGAGCAGAGAGAAAGGCCUGGUUUCAUCUUCAGGGUGUCAAACCAGCAGCGGAAACCCUCUGCUCAUCUCCUGUUAGAUAAAGAUCUGAUAUUCAACUUUAAAGGUCACCUAUUACACUGUUUUUCAUCAAUAGGUCUCAGAUAUAUACAAAACAUGUCUCUGAAG